CGCGAUUUUUCCCGAUUUUAUGUGGAAUGUGAAACAAUUAAACAAUUCCAGAUUUAUUUGAAAAUGGUAUAAUUAAUCAAUGCAAACAUUGUUUCCGAUUUUUUUCGUACCCAGACCUCGCUCAAAACUGAGAACGAGGCAGAUAAACAAUGUUUUUUUCUGACGUAACGCGGCGCCAAAAAACAGAGUUUUUAGUCAUCAAAAAAUGUUCGGAAAAACGAUCUGAAGGAAAACAACGAUGGAAAUGUGAGCGAAAUAGGCUACUUAAGCUACGAAGCUUAAAGAUCUUCACUUCUGAAGACCCCUGAGAGCUUUCCAAAGCUCUGAAUGAUGUCUGUGGAGAAUGCUGCUAGGCGAGUUUCUCGCGGUGGAGGGCUUGUCGUUCGACCUCAACCUAUCAGGUUUUUAGCCAUUCAACAGACUAUUUUUGCCUCGUUUUUGGAUGUAAGUAUGCUCCGAUGGGUUAACGAUAUUGAUCUGGUCGUUUUACAGCGACAAGUCAUACGUGGAGAGUGUGGUAAGCUUUCUACACGAAGUCGUUCCUCAGGCAAGUAAAAAGCUCUGCUAUUGUUUGAACAAAAUUUAUUUAUAUAACGUCAUCCUGUAUCUUUCAGCUAUUUUCGCCCUUACUGUGGUCGGGUUUUUCAUUGGAGUGGUAUUUCAGGUUAUUUGAAGGCGAUGAACCGGGGAGAUUUUAUAAAGAAGGUCACAAAAAUGACUAAGUCAGGGAAAUCGAAUAAAAAUUAAAAACUAAAUUUACGUGACUACUAUCAUUUAUGAGUUAGGGGGAUCCACAAGGAUAACUGCAUUUUUUAAAAUUUUAAACAGGUAUUUUCUCUUUGUGAUAUCCUUAAAUACUUUGGGCUGUUAAGUGCAAUGGCGACAUUAUACCGGGCUCAAUUUGAUUUGAUUUUGGUAGCGUUUUGUUGGUGGAUUAACUCGAAUAAGAACAAAUUAGAUGCAAAGGUUUCGCUGCACAAACAGAGCGAAGAGCCUUUUUUCCAGACAGGAAUUUAAAAUUACUGCUAGGAGUUAAACUUAGCAUCACUAAAAUGUAGUCUUCGAUGAACCUCGCAAACGGAACGAAAUAACUACUUGAAACCACAUUUUCAAGAAACGAGUUUUUCCUUGUGUUGAUCUUGUUUUUCCUUGUGUUAAGCUCGUGACGAGGCUAGCCUAUUACGUGACAGGAUCGGAAGCUUUGCUUAUCUGCAUAUUUUCUCGCUGUCACAAGAAUUUAAUUUCCAUUUGAUAACCACUUAAACUUGGUCAGAGUAUGUACAAUAACAUCAAAGCAUAACUUGCAUUUCAACAGCUAUGUUUUUUUCAAAAAAACAAUUUCACAUAAAUUUGCUUAAGUCAAUUUCAGCUGAUGUUAUUUUACAGUCAACUUGGCAAUAAAAUACUAUCAGUUUGAUUGGGCCCCAAAAUGUUAUCAGCUGUUGGUAAUAAAUGCGAGAUUUGAGGAUGUAAAUUGUGUCAAGUCACAAUAUUAAUAUUUAACAACAUGUUAGAUUCAAAUGAAAACAAGAACAUUACCUAAUAGUAUUGAGACACCAACUUUGAAAUUUGCUCCUGAUUUGAAAAAGAAAGUUACUUACCAUUUUGACUAUAACAUAAGCAAAACUGGCCAAAGCCUGGUUUAGGCACCAAAUAUUUGAAUACCCAAAGCUUAAUCAUGUUUUGGCUGAUCCGAGAAACAAGCAUAUGCCUGUUGAUUCAACCAAAUCUACUACUUGAGAUGAAAAAAGUCUUCUCAUGUAUUUCAUAUUGUUUAAAAUUAAUAAUAUUAUUUUGAUGUUUGAGUUAGGGCUAGAAUUUGUGUCUGGAAAAAAUGUCAAUUUUAAAUUCAAAAUUCCUGAAAAUGAUUGGCCUUGUUUGCUUUAUAAAUAUCUUGGACUAUGUGACUUAUUCUGAUGUGCAAGUGAUCCAAAAGGGCUCAGUAUUUAAAUUGUUCUCUUUUCUGUUCUGAUUUCUUUGGCAAGCUAGAGGUACCCCUAAAUGUUUAACUUGACCUUGGUUUCGUCAUUGUACAGGAACUAGAUGGCAUUGUUCCUUCCCCAUAGAUAGUAUGCUAGUUCCACACAAGAUCACUGUACCACCCUGGGACACAGAUGUGUGGGAAAAUAUUUGAACAAAAAUUUAUGAAAGAUCAAGGAGGGAUGUCUUGGGAAAGUUUUUAAAAAGGGUUUUUGGAGCAUAACAUACAUGUACAUGAGGGGGAGGGAGCACUGUUCAUUCUAGAAAGGUGAUGUACCAUUUGUGUUGUGGGAAAGUUGAAAUCCUCACAUCUUACCCAGGCAUCUUUUUUAAGUACAUUUUUGAUCUUCUAAAUAUCUUUACAAAAUUCAAGUACUUGGUAGCAAUAAGCAAUUUUAAAUUUUUUUAUGACAACCUUAAUACAACAAAUCCCUAACUUCAAAUACAGUCAACUCUUGUCUUGCUGACACCCGAUAAUAUGAACAGCAACUAAAUCCCGCAAGUUUGACUGAAAUAAACUCCUGCUAUUACAGUCUCUUGCUAAGGAGGACGCUAACUUGAGGUCCCUACCUAUUAAGGGAGUUGACUGUAAUGUAAAAUCCUGUAUCCAACAAAACCUUUUGUAGACCCAAUAAACUGUUUGUAAAGUUAAAUAGCAACUCAUACACUGUAUGUUUCAGGGGUGGUCAGCGGUUUUGUUUUGUUUCUUUUGUUGUUGUUGUUGUUGUUGUUGUUGACCACACUGGCUAAUAAUAGUAUACUCUUUCUAAAGGUUUGCUGUAUUGGUAAAUAAAUAAAUAAAUAAUGUCAUGAGCUUUAAAUACUGUUUUUAUGACUCAGAGUAGUAAAGCAAAGAAAUAAUUGACAGAACUGUUGUCUGUGACUUAUCAAGGUUGAUGCAGUUCUUCUGGGUAGGUGUACAAUUUAUACAGCUCCAUUACAACACUGAACAUUUUUUACUUGACAUUCAGGCUGUAACUGGAGGUCAAAAGCAGGAGGAUAAGGAGAAAGUGUUAUGGGUGAAGUUUGAGGAGGCAGACAUUAAUGGUAGGGAAACAAAUCGCACAAUUUGCAACGGUUUAGUCCACACUUUAGUCAAUUUUGCAACUUCCGAAUGGAUUACCAUAGUCGCUUGGGUAGCCUACGCAGGUGUUUUUUGUCCCUAUGCUUUCACUGUCAAAGAACUCGAUGAACCUAAAGGAGAGCUGGACUGCAAGCAGUUUAGGAUUACUGGGACCUGAAUGUUUUGUUUAAAGUGAAUUUUACUUGUAAAGUUGCUACAACAGUCAUUGUUAUAAAAAAUUCCAAGCUGUCAUACCCUCACUGUAUUUAAUAAACAACCAGCUAUGUUUUUCUUUGAAUUACAAUAGUUAUACAUAUUCUUACUAUAACAUAGUUUAUUUGUGUUGAUCUAUCACAAAUUAAAACUGUUAAGGAAAAGCUGCGGCAAGUUUCUGCUUGCCCCUUAUACAUGUACACUGGAGAUCUGUCCAAUGUCAUGGAGUUAUUAUUUUUUGCACACGUAGAUAACACAGUUCAUCAGGAGGAUGUUUCAUCAGGACUGACUUUGCCACUACUGUUAAUCCUUGGUUACACAAAUGGAUUUCAUGUGUGGACUAUCCCAGUAAGUCAGUUAAGAUAUAACUUUAAAUUUAUUAAUUUUUUAUGUGGCUCUAUGAGGGAAGCAUACAUGUACAUGUAUAACCACGUUCAGCCAAUAACUGUCAUACUCAUCCCAGAAGGAAAUAAAAUUUGGAAAUGUGACUUUCGGAAUUUUGGAAAUGUGGAGAAGAAGAACUUGGGAGAAAAACCUUUUAAUAUUGAUGAUCAACAACUUUAUUACUGUCAUCAUUGAAAAGUAUGAUGUCCUUUUUAGAUGUGUCAAUUAAAAGUGCAGUUUGGGCACAAUUCUGAUGUUAGUAUGACUGAAACGUAGUGAAAAAGCUCAUUCUAAGCAUAUUGAAACUUUUUAAGGUUUAGGUGUGAAUUGAGGUAUUGGUUCUGUAAUAAUAUUGAAGUUGUCUUUAAACCCCCCUCUGACUUGCCUUUAGACAUUUUUGUACAUCUUUUCUAUCUGCCCGCUGAUUUCUACAAUUCAUACAUUCUGUAUUUCAUUUCUUGGCAAUUUUGUUAACGCACUUUAUGUGGUUAAUACACUGUAGUAAGCAGUGUGGAUGGUGUAUACUCUUCAGUCAAAGAAAAAUUGUAAACCUGGUGCAAGAAUUCUAGCUUUCUUGUUUUGUUUGUUUUUUUUUGCAGUCAACAGGUGAAGCCCAGGAAGUACUGUCUCUUCGCCAGGGUCCGGUCAGGCUUGUGCGCAUGCUCAAGACUCCACAAGAAGGUGAGACAGUUACUAUUGACAAUUAUUGUGCAACUACUGCAGUGUCACUGUGGUUACACACAUUAGGAAUAUUAAUGUCUCACACUAGCUUACCAUUGUGUUUUACAUCACACCCAAGGUGAAAACACAUUGGUCCCAGCUUAUCAUGCAUGUUUUAGAUUCCAUGGUGAAAGCCAUGUGCAGUGCAUCUUUUUGAGGGGAAUUUCAUUCACUGUGCUGCUCUUCUGAUUAGUGGUUUUAUAUGUGCUUGUAUUGUUAGUGGAGACUUGAAAACUUAAGUUACAUAUACAGGCAGCUGUUAUUGCUGCUUACAUAUUAAUUACUGUAAAGGUAUAUUGCCGUUGUUCAGUGUUAUUUGUGUAGUGUGUCACCCUUGUUGGUUUUGCUAUUAUGAUAUAAAUUAUUGGUCUAGAAGAAAAGGCUAACCUUGUAUGCAAUAAUGUUUAAAGGUGCAAAGUCCAAGGAUGAGUUUGCAGUUUCAAGACCUCUCUUUGCUGCAUGCGAUGCUGCCAGGUUAGUUGCUUUCUGUGCUUGCUGAGGUAGUAGCCCAUGUACUAAGCAGGAAUUCCAGUAUUGUUACAGUGUACCUGUGAUGAAUGAUCCCAUUUUUUAACAUCCAUUUAGAUGCCAUGUACAAUAGAAUAAAUAAUAAUAAACGUCAAUUAAUUUUAACCCUCUACAUUGCCCGGAUGUUCGAAGGCUAAAUCCACAUGGCCAAACCCAAGGUGAAAAACCAUCCCUCUGGUGUUCCGAGUAGCAAACCAGCAACUUGAGAUGAAACUCUUGACUGCAAGGGAGGAAUGGGGCAAGGGAAACUAUAUAAGACUUUUCAAAACACCCACUAACCUACAAACAUCCAUCACCUACAAUAAAAGUAGGUGGUGUACGGUGGAACCCUGACUUACGGCCACCUCGGUAAUACAGUCACCUCGUUAUUAUGGCCACUUUUUUUGGCCUCCUGGCAAAAAUGACUGUACAUUUUCUUGUAAAGAAACCCUGGUUAUUAUGGCUAAGUUUUUUUGGGCUCCUUGGUGACCUUAUUAACAGUCAUAGUUAUGUGUAUUAUGUUAUUAAUUGUAUGGCAGUGCUAAUAUUUUUGUACACUCAGGGCUAUUGAGCUGUCCUCAUUAGCUGAGGUUGAUCGUUGUACCCUUGUUUUUGCAGUCCCUCUUUGCCAUUCUCCACAGUUAAUCUGUGGUCACUCGCUACUGGUGAACAGGUUCACUCCAUUGGGUUUAAGUCUGAGGUGUAUGAUGUACUGUGUAACCGAAGGUUAGUUCUAUGCCAUCUUUGAAAAUCAAAAUUUUGUCUAUAUUAUACCGGUACAAUUAAACAAAGUUGUGAAUAUGGCGCAAAAAGCUGCUGCAAAACAGCUUUUUAGACAUUCAAGCAUUGACUACUCAUGGAUCAGGACCAAGACAUUACAACAUUGUUGUUGCAUAGCCCAUGGCUAGUGGAAUGACCCAGCGGGAGGAGUUGUCCGAUAAUGCAUGGGCAAGCAACAAUAUUUUGUCAAGAUAAAGUGAGUGUCAGUGAAAAGUGGAGUUGUGACUGAGGCUAGCACGACUGUAACCUGAGAUCAGGCCCAAUUUUAGCGGUUCUCAUACAUUCUCUCUAACGGCUACAGCUAAAAUUGCUUUCGUUUUGCCUUGCCCCCUGGAAUGUUAUUACAAAGCGAAAGGAAAACUGAGCCUGAUCUCAGGUUAGCAGGACUGCUCCAGGCUAGAAAAUUUCAGCAACUGCUUGCCCUUGGGCAAGAAAGUUUUUAAAAUAUUAUUAAUGUUCAUCUCACCCUUUUGAUCGUUUACAACUAUGUAGAUUAUGAGUUGGAGGAGCAAUGAUUGUCUAUUGUCUAUCACCUUUACAUCACUGGAAAUCCCCCCCCUAGAUGAUACUUGCAAAUAAAGUCUUAUGUAAAGUGUAAGAUUUAUGUGCCAGGUCAAUUCUAAACAAUAGAACAAUACUGUAGCCCUUGAUGCUACUUCUCACUAAAAUAUUGUUUUUCUAGGUUUUGUAGAGGUAGUUAUGUUCCAUUUUGUAACUCAUUGACGUAUUAUGCACUGUGGAAUUUUAGUGCCCUUGUGAUUUUAAUUUUGAGAUAAAUUAAUAUUUGUUCCAAUGUCUAUGUAUUUACAAUUUUCCAGAUUGAUGGUUGUGGCUUUGCAGGAAAAGAUAGCUGCCUUUGACACUUGCACUUUCAAAAGCUGUUUCUGCAUUACUAGUGAGUAUUUUAUAAAGUACAGAACUCUUGAGCUAAGAUAAAUGAAACUGACCUUGCUUCCUACAGUUACAGUUACUGUAAUGUUGUUAAGCCAGAAAUGAUCAUUGCACAAAAGUCAACUCUGGCACUGUCUAUAUUUAUAGUCACACAGGCUGCCCUAUCACUUGAUAGUAUUAAGUUUAACUUGAAAAAUAAGAUUUUAAACAGUAGUAAUGGUGGUACUUCUAGUGUGAUCAAACUGCUAAUAGUCAAGUUGUUUAGUUCUUUACAGUUAUCUUGAUGCACCGUAUAUUUUUCUCAGGUUGUUACCCAGCUCCGAGCCCCAAUCUUAACCCAUUAGCACUGGGAACUAGAUGGCUGGCAUAUGCUGACCGCAAGGUUUGUGGAUUUUAAAGAUGUGCAAAAGAGAGCUGUUCAUUUUUGUCAGUGUCAAAAUUUUCUCUUGUGUGUAAUUAGUGGACCUAAAGCCAAUGAUAAUUAGAGCUUGUUUAAUUUAGUGAGAGGAAAACAAAUUCAGCAUCAUUGAAAGAUGUUCUGUUGAAUUGUUUAACAGUUUGGAGCUAAUUAUAAUAUUGAAGAUGGAAUUCUCAAAUUGUUAAUGAAAAUCAACCUGUUGAGUGGCCUAUUUCAACAUUCAACAUGCAGGCAUGAUACACCCAUCAUGUGACAAUUUUUGUUGAAUAAGAGGUACAACACUUUGUUGAUCAACCAAAACUUAACAUGGCCAGUGAUAUUAUUCAAAGUUCUCCAUCCCCCUUAGAGAGGUGUUCAACUUUUCUCAGUUUAUGCUAUUUCCACUCCAGCAUCAUCUUGAAUAACUUUGACAAUGGCUCAAAUGAAGUUUUCUUAAGAGGGAGGCAAUGUAGAUCCCUAAUUUACAUGAAGUUGAUAUUUCCAAUCAGAAAGCAUAAGGUUAGAAAUUUCCUCCAGCUUGACAAAUUAAUGUAUAAUGCACACUGACUACAGUGCUGUAAUUGCGAGCAAAGGGAUGUACGGUACAUGUAGACAGUAAAUUUGACUGUUAUGUGUAGCUUUACACAUUCUUCAGCUUGUGUGUGUACAUGUACCAUUAUGUUACUGUCAGUCUUUUGAGUGACCUGUCUAUGCAUGUAUUUUCUUUAGCUGGUUCCAAAUCACCAGUCCUGUGGUGGAGUUUGUGGAGACAAUUCCCUUUCAUACACAGCCACAGUAAUUAAUGCUGCUAAGGUAUAUGUUAUUCAUUGAUAAUUUCUUAGAGUGUCAAUUGUUCUUGUGAUGCAGACUGAGCCCAGUUUAUUCCUCUGCCUUGAGUUCAUUUUCCUGCACUUACAGGUGACUGUACAAAAUGCAUUUGGAUUAACAUGAUUUUUUAAAUCCUAUUUUCAGACCCUUACCAGAGGCCUCACAAUGUUUGGUAAGAGAUAAUGAUAAUUAAUAACUACAAUAUUGUUUAUUAAGAACAAAACAAUAAUAUUAUUCAGAGCUAUCAUUAAGAGGUGGGGGCCAGGGAUAAACAUGGCCCCCGGCUUCCUUUAAAAGAAAAUAGAAGGAAAAUGGAACCAAAAGAAACCCCAAGCUGUCUGAUUCCCCGUCUACUUGUUGUAUUCUCCCAGCAACUUGAAACCUUAGUGACAACCCUUAUUAUGUUCAUUAUUUUUAUAGGAGUGUUUAUGUGUGACUGAAGUUGAUACCAUAAUGAUGUAUUGUUGCUGACGUUGUUCAUACAUUUGUUUUCUUUUAGGUGAAACAGUAGGUCGCUGGACUGGAACUGAAAUGUUGCAGGAUUAUGGAAACCAAGUAAUGAAAAAUGAUGACAUUUUCAUUCUUAUGUAUUAUUACAUGCCCCUAUGGACACCAAACUGAUGCUGUAAUUCAGAUGUAGAAUUCGUGUAGUGAAUUUUUGUACAAUGUUUUAAACCUGGCCUAGUGGCGUAAACAGAUAUUCCUAAGGCAAUCAUAAAAAAAAAACUGGGACAUACCCCUUCUUAUAACUUACUUUGCUAUUUUAAUGGAGUCAGAUUUAUUUGAAUUUUGAUUUUUCUGUUAUUUGCUCUUUAUUUUUUCAGAAGAAAUCAGUUAUCAGAUCGGGGGUUGUUACGAUAAUAGACACAAUGAAACUUGGCAGUGGAGAGGUAAGGAAAGAAGACUUUAGAAUUUGUACAAGGCAGACAAUAUUCACUCCCAUCAACCUUGUAAUAGUUCAAUACUGUAGUCUAUCCCAUUCUCAUUUUAUUCGGUAAAGGAAUUCUCUCUUAUUCACCUUAUCAUUUAAUUUGGUAUUUUGGAAUCUUUUACACUUAGUGUGAGGGCCUUUCUUUGUAUACCAGUAAGGAACUUAUGUGUUAUAGUGUAUAAAAUUUACACACUAAGAAAUGUGACUGGUUAUAUAUCAAGGCUGUGCUCUAACAUCAUCUUGUAGCCCUUUGCUCCUGGGCGACUACAAAAUCUUCAUUUUUCACACAAAUCACAUGCUGGGCACCCUGGAUUCUACAAGUUCAGGGCACAGGGCUCCCUUCAAUUAUCUUACGACGUAAGUCUUGUCUAAAGUAUUGACUAUAUUAAAAUUUAUUCCACAGUUUUGUGUACAAGAGGAUGAUCAUGAUGGUGCUGGUAUAGUGGCCCAUUUUCCAGCCCAUGCUGGACAGCCCCUCUCUGCUAUGUCCUUUGAUCCCAGGUACAAAUCCCCCCUCCCACCCAUCCUGUAAAAAGAGCUUUAAAAAAUAGCAAUAGUUCAGAGGAAUACAGUGGAGAUAGGUGGGGACAAAAUAAAUUAUUCCUUACCCUUCAACCUUCACUCCUGCCUGAAUCCAGACUGCUGUUUGACUGAGGAUUUGUGUGCUCCCUGAGUGCACCUCCUUUGUAGGCUUGAGACACAUUUGUAAAUCAUGAGCGCAUUUUUAAGUAUGACGUUUUUCGUGGAUGCAUACCAGUGCCAAAGAUGAUCAAAUACGUUCUAACAAGUGAAAAAAAAAAUCGAUUUUAGUCUUUGUCUAGGCUUUCCUCAGGGCAUAAAUGUACAUAACGACGAAUACACUAACUGGGGUCACUUUAAAAAGCAUUCAGCCAAAUCUCUAACUAUGGCCAAAUAGAUGACUUGUAAUUGCUACAUUGCUGUUGAUCAUGAGUUGUAGGCCGUUCCUCUUCCGUUCGCCUGCGAAUUCAGUUGUCUCUCAUUGUUUCACAUCGUACUUCCCCUAAGAGGGUACCUCCCCUAUAAAUUAUCAGAAAUUAUUGGUCCCUCAAAAGCUACUCGGAAUGCGUGUUUUUCACUUGUAAUUUUACCCGUUCUUUGUAUGGUCACACAACAGGCUUAUAUGUUACGGAAAAAGAAACGCCUGCGUGGGAGAAUGCCGUAGCUAAAGCCUGUAAAACCCUGUUUAAUGACCAUUAAAAAUAUGGAGUCUCGAUUAUUGUGCUGUUUAGUUCUUGUUACAUUGCAGAAUUCGAAUAAAACCCUGGAAUAAAACUCGCCACUUUAACUUACUGGUUUCAAACAUUUUUAUAUGAGCGCUUUGCAUUUGUGCAGGCAGCGAAAUUUUCAAGAAAGUUUUACUCUCAAUUCUCUAACAACCUUAAACUGACUCACCUGCUUUGCAUUAUAUUUAGUGGCUCUCUACUCCUGACUGCUGAUGUUCUUGGCCAUAAUUUUCACGUGUUCCAUGUUCUUCCCCACCCUAUUUGCCCAUCACUGAGUGCCAUACAUCAUCUUUACACGCUUCACAGAGGAGAUACGACUGCUACUGUAAGUCUACUGCUUUGUCGCUUGUUAUAGCGCGAAAGUGAGUCGAAGAAUGUGAGAUUUCCGAGUCGUUUUUAGGUCCAAAAACACGGCCACGUUUUGCUCGAUAAAACAGGCGCCAUUUUUUAAAUGCUAAAUUGAUGUGAAUUCCCGCUGACCAACGGCUUUUGAGGAUGUUACUGGUGUGGGGUGGUGGUGGUGGGCGGGGGAAAUCAGGAUGAAUUUGUUAGGUCGUCAUUUGUUAAAGGGCUUCUUGUUACUCCGUGGACAACCCCAUUUAACUCCAUCUAUAGACUAUUUUAUGAUCUUUUAUCGUAUUUUCUCGCCCUGCUUUGUGCGAUAAACGGAAACCUCCAUAAGGACCAUCAGGGGUGCGUAGCGGAAGAUACUUUUUCCAGCGUCUGCGUCUUGUGAUUAACUAUGAAAAUUAGCUCUAUUUUCGAAGGGUAAGCUUGCAAAGAUUCCUUCUUUUUUGUUUAUCCCUUAAAACAUUAUUUUGCGGCUUGUUUAAUUUUCAGGUGCACGGUCUAGCAUUUUCGUUCGACAGCCGGUGGGUUGCCGCAUCGACUGUGCGUGGAACUGUCCAUGUAUUUCCUAUUACACCGUACGGAGGUACGUUGCAACCAAACGUAUAAAUUUUGACAAGGUGAAAGCCAUUGAAGUGAAACCACUUCCCUUACACGAGCUGCGGGAUGUCUUGUAAACGUUCUAUUUUCCUUUUAGGGCCCAUAACAGUUCGAACACAUUCCUCUCCACGCGUGGUUAACCGAAGCAGUCGCUUUCACACGAGCGCUGGAUUAGAUGACCUGGACCAAGCCUCUACGCCUACUGGCAGGCACAGUCCGUGUAAUGGGACAGUUCCGAACGUGUCAUGUUCGCCUAAUGGGAGCCCGCUAAGCUCCACAGGCACAGCAAUAUCCAGAGAUUCUUUGAACCUUGCUUCGAGUAACAAUGGCCUAGUGAAUCCCCGAUUGCCUCCUCUUCCUCACUCUUACGUAACACACCCUCUAGCGCAGAUAAGGACACCCACUGGUCCCCGAUGUAGUGGACCCUGUUGUACGGGCUCUUCCCAGCUCUCAAACAAGUGUAAUGGCCGAGUUGGUCUGGAAUAUUCGACGGGGGUGGCGAUGACGUUUGCCCCCUCCAGGGGAUGGCUAGGAGGGAGUCCAAACAUUACAAGAUCAGGUAGGCAUGUGAGUCUUUUGACACUGCAAGCUCAACCAAGCUCAGUAUAUAGUGAUAGCACAACUUACUCUACUUACUGUCAAAUUUAGUAAGAAAACCAUAAACACCUGCAAUAUUUUAGGAAUAAAAAAGAAAUGUUUAUUGUUUUAUGUCCAAUCACAGUGAAUAUCAGGACAUGCCAGCAAGCGACCCACGCUCUGUGUAAGAGUUACAAGUGGUAAAGAAAUUGCGUAAUCUCAAAAUGACCGUGAACAUAAAGGAUUUUAAAUAAAUGGGCGUCCUGGUGAUAGAUUCAGAAGACAAAUACUCGCAAACAGAGCUUGGGCCUCCUGUAGUUUUCCCACGACUGAUUGGUUCUUCCCUUGCAUCACAAUCAAUUCCGUUCCAGAAAUAUUUCUGUUGUCCACGGUUUGGCGAGGUUCACAGUAAAUAUAGUUGUGAAGUAACAAGGUCUUGAAUUGGGGGUAAUAAAUACCUUUUCCUUUAUACCAACGAAUGCAAAGGCAUCGAUUACAUAAGAACACAAGCAAUACAACUGCGGGCUUCCCAGUCUUCGGGCGACUUUGCAACGCAACUUGCGAACAAGAUGCGGUUACACUAGGUAAUAAUCGUUGUGUCACUUUUUUAUCAUCAUUUUGUUUCGUAGACCCAAGCAAGUCUUCAGCCGCUGAUUCGCUAUACAUACUGGAUCUUCACGGUAACUUAACAGAGUAUGUACUUGAACCACAUGGGGUUAAAACUACCCUGAAAAGUGAUGACACGCCCUUGGAGCUUACCACCACAUCGAGAGCCCAGUGGACCCUAACCAGGUAAGCAGCUUAGUACCAAAUAUUCGCCCUCUUUCACGCUACUCUUAAUAUACCUUGUUUUCCCUUCGAAGGCGGUUUUGCAGAACCCUCGUUUUCCGUAAAUACUUCUUUUGAGGGUGAAGGUGUAUUGUGGGCUUUGUAAAAGUGGCGAAUAUUUUCCCUUUGUUGGAGAAAAUAACCUGUUUCCAAACAAUAUACAAUAUAAAACUAGUUCUCACUGAACAAGUUUGGGAAAGUUGUAGCACGUUCGUGUUCGAGAAUUUGUUUCAUGUUAAGUAGUACAUACUUCUCACAGUAAAUUGGGAAAGCCGCUUUGAAAAACUGAGCUUCAAACUGGGGUGGGAACUCGUGACACGAGUAUUUUUUCGUCAUCUUAAAAGUAGGCUAAUUUAGCAAAAGAACGGGAAAGUCAUUUGACGACGGGAAAGCGCGCGGAAACGUUUAAACUCUACUUCCAGUGGUCAAGCCAGUUGUUUGAUUUGCGCGCGCCGUCGUCAACUGACGUUCCAGCUUGCUAAAUCAGCCUAAUAUGAAAAUAGCGCGGACAGUGCGCACCAAGUGUAGCUAAUUACACUGUGAGUUUUAUUUCAUUGUUUCAGGUGCUCAAGUUGGCCAGAAAGCAAGAGUCCCGUCGUUAGAGACCUUUCGCUGCUACUGAGGCGACUGAAAAUGAAUCCAAGCGACCACAAUGGCCGCACUGAAAAAGAUGGUGAGCGACAAUUGUUUUGGUCGUGACACCCGCAUCUUUCUAAGAUUCUGCGGAAACUGCUUAUACCUACUCCUCCCCUAACCCAAUAUUUUGUCCUAGAUAAGAACUUAGUGUUAAUGUUUGGUUAAGGGAAGGGUAGCUGGUCAGCUUUUGAUAACAUUCUGGGGAAACUGCCCACCUAACGCAACAUUUUGCCCUAAAUAAGACCUUAGUGUUAACGUUUGAUUAAGGGAAGGGUAGGUGGACGGUGCACUAGAAUCUUGUUCUGAUCCUGACAACAUUGGGAUCUGGUGACCAAGGGAUGAUGUGAUUGGGUGCCGUGUUUAUAAAAUCCUGCUUUGCGGUGUGACUAUUCAAAUGAAACCUUCAGUAACCAUUAUUUUGAGACCGUCUCAUCUGUUAUUUGUUAUGCGGGUUUGGUAAAAGUAAAUACUGUUCUUGAAUUUUGACUUGUCACAUUGCAAUUCUUUUAUUGCUUCAGGAAAGAAAAUUGCCUUGGAGAGUGAAUCAUUCUUUACGUUCACAUCCAAACAAGAAGCUAACUAUGAUGGUUGCACAGCUGACGAUCAGUGGUUGGCGAAUAUUGAAAUGGAAACUCACGCUGCCCCGCACAGACGGCUCUGGAUGGGGCCUCAGUUUGCCUUCAAGACCUACCAACCACCCGGCUCCUCUUCAGCUUCUUCCACACACAGCCUAGGGGACUCACGAUCUGGGAGUUUUGGAAACGGGGCCACUAUCACAGCUCACAACAGGGAUGUCCAUGCCAUGGACCUUUACUCUGAAGAGCUCGAUUUACAGAGCUUGCGGCUCCAGCCGGUGCGCUCGGAUCCAGUUCCCACUCCGUUAAGUCGGUACGCAUUCACUGGGUACGCGUCACCGAAUCUCGGCGGAAGCAUGCCGCUCAUUGUCGACAACGGUCCCGGAAGUUUGACGGAACCAUGGCCCGGGGUAAAUAACGAGAUGUUUGAAGACAAGGAGGAGCAACUUGUCGAGACAUUGGCGGACGCCAUGAAUGAAAACGCGACACUUCCGGUCAAAAACGGCAAGAAACGGACCACUUCAAUUAACGGCGAGAAUCAGUUUCAGUUUCAGUCAGAUUGUUUGGGGGGAGGGGUGAACGCGUUUACGUCUUAUUCCUCCGCUGACACCAGCCCUGUGUUCCCUCCAGAAUGGUCUUAGAUAUCAAAGGACAAAUGGAGGAGAUUUACAUGGCCAUUUUUACUAUAUUCACCGCGCACGCUGACACAAACAAAGUACAAACAUACAGAAGUUCAGAUAUUUCUUUCGUGAGAUGAGUUAAUUAACUUUUCCUAAAAUGGAUGAAUCAAUUGACUAGCUAAAAUAGCUAAAUUGUGUAGCUCCUCAUAAAGUUCACAUACUUCCAAACCAUUUGUCGUCUUAAAAUUAAAGGCGGAGGGCAAAACCAGCGAGCCUAUUUAAAACGAAAGCAAAAUAAGUUUCAAAGAUCCCUAAAAAGAACAAAACUCGCUAUCACUAUUUAUACUCGACAUUUUGCCUUUGAUUUAAAAAUUAGAAUCCACAUUUGCCUGACGCAUCGCUUUGGGGGUAAUAAAAGUUAUAAAUUUUAUACUACUUUACUUGAAAUUUCACCGUUGGUUAUGUUUCUAUAUUUCUACAUCAACUAAGUGCUCUGAAUAGCCAUUAUUGUAUAAUAUGGGAUGGAAAGGUGAAAUACCGCAGAAAAAUCUCAAAAUAUUGAAAAUGUUCAAAAAAAUAUGUAAAAUGCGUUAAAAUAUACAUUGGAUUCUGCUAUCUACUCUGUACAUUAGCUAAGCAAGAGCUAUUUAUCAAUUGUAAAUUGGUGUAUAUUUGUAAAUCGUUUUAACGUUAUGUUCCGGUUCUAUGAAGCUUUAUAAGGUAUUUCUAUAAGUGUGAUGUCAUAUGAAUGAAUAAUAUAUCAUUGAUAAAUUAAUACUUGAUUCUGAAUUUACCUUCUGUAACAUUUAUAAAUUAUGCAAUUCAAGAUAAACAACAGAUGGUUAAUCGGAAUCUAAUACCUGUAAAAAAGCUUUAGUGCAUUUGUAGAUGUAUAUAACAAGGGUUUUAUAAUCUUUACUCUGAAUUCAAAUUUUGGUGAAAUUUCGAUUAGCAAUUCCUUGAAAAGGUUAUGAAUGGUGACUUUUAAAACUUGUUAUAUUCGAGUUUCUGUAUGUAAGAGCAGAAUCCAAAGAAAAAAGAUUGUCUUCUAUUUUUAAUAUCAAUGGGUGAAAUAAACUCUCUAAAAUUUCAAAACGUCAUAAGUUGGUUGUCUGUCGUGUAGAAUGCGCUCUAACCCACAUGGUAAAAUCUGAUUUCUUUACUACAUCCUAUGUUAUAAGAUUCCCAUGAUGCAACUCAAGGCUGUUUUCAGAAAGCGUCUUACAAGUAUUACCUCAAUCGACACCUCAAUCUUGACCCAGAGUCUUCUGGCAUUUUGCCCCGCUGACCAAAAAGUCAGAAGACUCUGGGUACAAGAUUGGUAUUAUGUUAGUCCCUUUCCUUCCCACCCUUUAGCCUAGUGAACUUGUUCUGGUAUUAGGGACGUCAAGUAACUAUUCGAAACUGUGAUGUGCCAAGGGAAACGUCACGUGACUCAACAAACCUUUUGCACUUUUUUGCUUAGUUUGUCUCAUGCGACUCAAGGCCCGGCUGAAUUUUUAUUGAGGCUGGAGGCGUACUCAGUGUUGAUUCAGCCUUAGGCUGGGAUAUUAUUAGAAGGGAGAGUUUACCAGAGGUUGGAGGAUUCCUCAGUCUUUGGCGUAGACGAUUCACAGUCCCUCAUUUUUGCGUAAGAUCGUCGAGAACGAGCGGUGGAUGCGGCUAUCUUGACAAAGUCUAGCUUGAAGAUGACUAUCUCAUCUUAGAUUGCGGGGGACGGUUUGGGAGGAGGAGAUAUACGGCACCUGUUGUUUGCUUCAGUUGUCUUCUAAGGUAAAUGUAGUGUAUUUCUGCUAUCAAUGUCUUAUCUUAUGUGACUGUAAAAUGUCCAUUCUAUGUUUUUCGGUUCUAUGAAGUAGUUGGAGUAGCAACCUGAUUUAAACGUAACGGGAAGUAGCCUGAAUUUCAGUCGUUUUUACUCCCUCAGUAACGACGUUGCUCAGAGGAGAAAACGACUCGAAGUAAUCGUCUGAAAUUCAGGCUAAACGCAUCCUCGGAGACCCAGGGGCAGUUAGUCGGGUCGAUAAAAUGUUCGUGGUGAAAGUUUACUGUAAGAUCGAGACGAGCCCCUGGGCACUUAGUCUUACCGAACCAGUUCCAGAAGCGUUUGAAUUGCCUGCUUCUGAUUGGCCAGAAAAAAUUUUUUCUGGCCAAUCAGCGAAGAGAAGCUGCCGGGUGACUCUCGUGUUUUCUUACACGACGUAGUUUUCCUCAUCUCGAUCGCCAUAGUUGCGUAGCGCGUUCAACGGGGAAAGUUUCUCGACGAAAGUUUCAGAACAAAAUGUUAACAACCCGCAAAAUUGCAACCUUUAGCACGGCUACAAGAAACAAACACUCUCCGAUGAAUUUUUAGGGCGGAUCUUUCCAAGGAAUCGUAAAUUUUUAUUGCUGAUACGAUACGCGAUGCAUGACUUUCACUUUCCACACCUUAAUUUGCUCACAUUGUCUAGUAUACAACGCGAUGCUUGCUUUUUAGAUGUCCAUGUUCGUUGCAGGACUUCUGAAACUUUCUACAGCGUGAAAAUGUCCGUUGCACGGGCCACGCAACUACGUCGAUUGAUCGUGGGAAUUGCUGGCUUGCUGCAGUGCACGCACCUUCUUGCUUUCGCGCCAAACUCCCUUUCCGUUCGUACUUUAAAUACAGCCGUUAUGUUUAGUUCCACAGCUCGGUCCGGUUAUGUGCUGAAUCCUGACUUGUUAAUUGAGGUCGAUUUUUGCAGGCUGUGUGGGUUUAUUUUUACGGAUAAGUGAAGAAAAAAAAUAAAGGUGAGUUUGUGAAACUGUUUGAAAGUGGUUGGUGUGAAAGUUUUGGAGGGCGAUAAACGCGCAGUGUGUGACACGUGUAGGUACUGAGUUGAGAAAUCGUGGAAGGGUGGGAUGUCUAUAUAGAUAUUUUUGUAAUCACUAAAACUUUACAAGAAGUGAACGCUCUUAAGGAAAUUCUAGGGAGAAGAGACCAAGGAAUUCCAAAGAUCCAACUUCAGCUCUUGAUUUAGAGGACCUGGGUCUCUGGCUUACUAAACCGCAUAAGAGAACCUGGGUUAAUCUUCACUGUGAUUAGAAUUAUUGCUAAUAUAGUAGAAAUGAAUUUUCAUUAUAAGAUAUCUUCUAGCAAAUACAUGGAUAAAAGUAAUUUUACAUAAUAUGUGAUUUUUUUGCCAAACUAUUUAUCGAUGAUUGACUUGAUGUUUCCCCUUACUGACCCCCUCAAACACAUCCACAGUGCCAUUGUUUUAACUCCCUUGGAAUUGAAUCUACAAGAUUGGACUUAUCUUGAAAAAAUGAUGCUGCAAUAUUAACAAUUUUCCUUCCGUGCAUUUGUUUGAUAUUUCAUAACUUCCCUAUCAUAAUUCUCUUCAUCUGACAAUAAUAUUCUUCAUUGACAAUUAUUUUUAAAUCUUUAAACACCCUCCUCAGAAAGGUAAAAAUCUUCAUUGCAUGGUCACCAUUCCACACAGUGUCUCUAAAAUACUUUCCACAGAACAUAAUUUAUUACAAUUAUCAAUUACUGUUUCCUGUAGAAGACAAUCAGAGAAUACAAAUUCUAGAAUACAAGCAGUGAAGAUUUGAUUCUUGAAAUUCCUGUCACAGAUCAUUUUGAUUUUCUUUAAGGAGACUAACAGUCUUUGGCACUGAUGUUGCAACAUAAGUGGCUUGGAAUGAUUCUGCUGUUUUCAUUACUGUCAUCAAAAAAGGAAGGAGUUUUUCUCUUCUGCAGGUUGUACAAUUAAUAAAAUCUAAAAGAAGAAAGACUUUUAGAAUUAUGGAAAGCAGUAAGAGACAAUUUCAGCACAGUUCCCUUUCUUCCAGAGAGUGUUGGAAAACAGUUUUUGUAUGUUAUGUGUAGGUAUACCAUAUUUACUUGUGUAUAAUUUGCACCCGAAUAUAAUGCACACCCCAUUUUUCUAGACAGUUUUCAAAUGAUAUACUCAAGUAUACUUGUUGGCCACCUAGUAAAACAAACCCUUUGGAACAGAAAGAAUCACCAACAAAUACCCCAGCAUAAAUGUUUAUUAACAAAUUAAAAUAAAAUAAAAUAUUACAGCUCCCUAGUAUAUACAUAACUCAAGCAGUAUUAUAAGUAGACAUGUGAACUCCAAUAAAAAAUUUAAAAAAAAUCUCUACAGCUUAAAAAUAAAAUUAAUGUAAUGGCAUCUGUAGUUCUGUAUUAUGGGGUGUUUUUCCAUUUAUAAUAUGUAAAUGUUCAAUUGCACUAUUAUCUUAAGCAGUCACAAGGCUUACUUCAUCAGCUAAAAAGCGAAAGCGGCCUGAAUUCCUAGUGACCUCGAGUACUCUACCCGGUCCUCAACAAUUGACAUGAGAGGUGAAAUCACUAUGACCAAUGGAUUACUAGGGAAGUCAUAACCUUUAGCAUCUAACGAUUUUUAAACCCCAUACCUUAUAGCCAACAUUUGGAAGACUCGGAAGGUUAGACCCUUCUAUCAAUUGCCCCAAAACAUCUCUUCUUUUCACAAUCUUCUCAAUAAUAAAUCUUUGCUUCGCUUUGAACUGUACCACAGGAAACAAAGACAAGCCUUCUAAUUCUUCAAGCGCUUGCAGGAGGUCUCCAUCGAAUCUAAAGUUAACACUACUAUCAACUUCGGCAGAAUUCGUACGGUCAACUGCUGCUAGCCGGCAUUUCCCACAAUCAAUCGACGUAGUUGCGUGGCCCGUGCAACGGAAAUUUUCACGCUGUAGAAAGUUUCAGAAGUCGUGCAACGAACAUGGACAUCUAAAAUGUAAGCUUGGCGUUGUAUACUAGACAAUGUGAGCAAAUUAAGGUGUGGAAAGUGAAAGUCAUGCAUCGCGUAUCGUAUCAGCAAUAAAAAUUUGCGAUACCUUGGAAAGAUCCGCCCUAAAAAUUCAUCAAAGAGUGUUUCUUGUAGCCGUGCUAAAGGUUGCAAUUUUGCGGGUUGUUAACAUUUUGUUCUGAAACUUUCCUCGAGAAACUUUCCCCGUUGAACGCUCUACGCAACUAUGGCGAUCGAUGAGGAAAACUACGUCGUGUAAGAAAACACGAGAGUCACCCGGCAGCUUCUCUUCGCUGAUUGGCCAGAAAAAAAUUUUUCUGGCCAAUCAGAAGCAGGCAAUUCAAACGCUUCUGGAACUGGUUCGGUAAGAGUAAGUGCCCAGGGGCUCGUCUCGAUCUUACAGUAAAUUAAACUUUCACCACGAACAUUUUAUCGACCCGACUAACUGCCGCUGGGUCUCCGAGGAUGGGCUAAACGGGAAGGUAUGAAGUACGUUGUUGCGUGAUUUAAAGUAUAUAACACCGUGACAGCCUCUCAUCGUACUACGCAAAAAGUAUGAAAGCGAUAGAACCGAAACAAUGAGGGGUUGUAGCCGUUGACAACAGAAGCUCUGCUGAGAAAACACCUGCAAACUCUGCUGAAAUCCCUAAGAUAAGUCAUUGGACCCCCAUACCCUCCGCCCUAUUGUGUCGUCACGCAACAGGAACUUGGCGUGACGAUACAAAAAGAACGAUAAAGAAGUAAAUGGGUGAGAGUUUAUACUCGUCACGCAGUCACGCGUUCCGCCACAGUUGUUGAAGAUGGCACCCACAAUCGUCCCAGGUGAGAUGAACAUGGAGAUUUCUGUCUUGGAUGAAUUUAAUAGUUUUUUACACUUCGCUAGACUGCUGUACUUCAGAGGGUAAGGAUGAAUAUGCCACACACUAGGGCCAUCCAAAUCAGGAGAAUCCAAAUCCAACGUUGAGAAUCGCAUUUACCAUUUUUGACCAAUUUUGGUGAAUUUCUUGCCGUCAUUUAAUAAGGAGGCUGUGAAAUUUGCCGGAAAUUUGUUUCAGAAGUGCAAGCCUUUGAUGAUCACCGGACAUUUGGUCUUUUCUCAUCUCCGCAGCCUUUUUUAGCUCCAUUCCUUCACUCUCAGAAGCAAACUAAAAUUUUUGUGGGCGAGUACUCUGUCAUAACCUGUCUUAGCUUAUUUAGUAUGGCAAAGUUAUAUUAAAAUCUUAUAUUCGAUGAGUCUUGUUUGUUGUCAACAGGGAAAGAGCAAGGAAGGAAGUGGAAAGUAUUCAGCACAAGCACUGAAAUAACCGACCGUAUGACUCGAAGUCAAUCAGUGAAAGAAGGUCAUUUCUUUCGUCACGCUACCAGGCGUUACAAGCCAUACAAUCUGAGGCCAAGGAAAUCUAAACAAGGUUAGAAUUUUAUUAUAACGUAAAGUUAUAUUUACAGCCAAAAAUAUCACAAUGACGUUAUCAGCAUGAACAGUUUACGCUUGCUUUACCUUGAUCAGUCGAUUCCUACCUUGAUUUAGCCUGUGUACAGCCGCCCCUCCCCCACAAAAAAUUGUCUCUCUCCCCGAUUUUGUUUGAGGGGAGGAGGCGGCCGUGCAGAGGUUAAAAACUUGGACAAGAAAAGGGAAAUUUAGACUCCCCUCCCUACCCCCAACUCGCAAAUCAAGGAUGGGCAAAUGGCACUCUUUGGCUUUCGCGAAGCUUCCGAUCAUCAUUGAUUUCGUGGGGAGGGGGUUGCUGUUCCAUUUUAUUCUGUCUAUAGUAUCCUUGUCGAGGGGUACUUCCAGGAAUUCUUGGUGGAUUGUGCCGCCUGAUACUCCAAAACGGAAGGCCCGGUCACAUUCAGUCCAAUAUAUAUCGCAGCAACUUAUUAAUCUUCAACGCAUUCAGCUCCCCUUCGACCUACUCACUUUUUUUGUUUACAUUCUGAGGAGGGUGACAAUCGUCAACACAUUUAACUCCUUAACCCCUAAGAUCAAAAUUUGAAUUCUCAUUUGUUGCCCCUAUUCAGUUUCCUACAGAACUAGAGGGGAGAAGUUGAUAAAAUAUCAAGCAAAUUCAUCUUGUAUGAUCAUGUCCGUAAUUCUCAUGACCACUCUGUUUUACAAUGCAUUGAUAUUACAAGGAGAAAUUGAUGCUGAUCACUCUUAGGGGCUUAAAGUGUUAAGCCCCUGAUCGACCCACUCACUUUUUAACAUUCUGACGAGGCUGACGAACAAACAUUCCUUCAUAUACAAUACCCACAAACAACUGAAAUGGCAUCAGCGCUUGCUUUAGGCUUUUUCAACAGUCUUUUAAAAUUCCUUCGACGACUUGUCAGUAAAGUAUAAUUCUGCAGAGCCUUAACACCCUUCGUUAUUCAGAGUCUAUUUUAAAAGCCUCUCUUCCAUCGAUUACUUGCAGUGACUUUUACGAUUCUGUUGAACGUCCGCUAUUAAUUCUUUUGUUGGGAAACUGCUGAUGCUGAAGUUUACUUGAGCUUCUUCCGGUCCAUAUCUCGGUUGUCAGUUUAUUGAACUGUGUUUGCUGAGUGUUUAAGUGGUGAUCAACUCAUUGUUUCUGCCCUUAAUUGACUGUGGGUUCAUUUCCCCACGGUAUAUCUUAGCCUGUAUUUGAAAAAAACUCAUCUCCAGUAUCCUCGCGGAAUGGGCCUUAUACUCAUGUCCAAGUUCAGUUGCGUUCACAUUUGGGCUCCCGGGAAAAAGGUCACGUGUCUCAUGCCGUUUAGGCUCACUUCUACUCGAUUGAAUCGUCUAGGGACGCAAACAAUUCAUCAGACGCAUGGACGUAAAAAAAACCGUCUGAUGGUCAAAUAAAGUUUGGUUGCCAUACUUCGAGAAGCACAUUUCUCAUCUACCGAAAUGGAAUAUGUUGUUAGUUAGCUUCCUUUAUCAUAUUCAGUUUUUAUUGUAAAAACCAUAUAAUGUAUACAAAUGAAAGGAAAUGGCCUAAAUAUUUCUUUAAAUUGUUUCUAGAGGUAUUUUAGUCUUCGAGGUAAUGGGUUUGUGAAGUCCUGUGUGGGUUGACUGACACUAAUGAAGUGGUAUUUGAAUUUUAGACCAGUUACAUGUAGUCCAAGCCUAGUCCCUGUGCGGCAUUUUCUCAGUCCCUCUCGGUCAAUUCACUGACGUGUCCUAGGUGAACGGGGGGGAAACACAUCUUGGCUUGGACCGCGUGACCCGAAACGUUUUGGCCGCACGGAAAAAUGAGGCCUAGGGACUAGGCAAAGCUUGUUAUAUCUUCAAGGAAUUGAUGAUGUAGACGGUGUACUCUUGAGUGAUGAUUACGUCACUGGCUGCUUGAUAAAGAUGGGUGGUUUAUUGCACUGUGCAAAUAUUGGGAACACACGCGGGAGAUGGCUUGAAAAUCAAAACAAGACAGCAAGACAAUAAAAAGCGUUUUCUCAUUCACAAAGUAACGAUUUUUUUAUGUGAUUAUUAUAUUUUUUGCCUGUACUUUGGCAAGCUUUUGGCGCUUUAUAACGUUACGAGGAUUGCAAAACUGGCGAUUGAAAGUGACCUAAAUGAUGACCUACUUUUUCGCGAUCGUUUUACUUGAUUUAUCGUAGUGGCGUAUCAUUGUUGUACGACCCCAUGCUAACCUUAAGGAUAUGCAUGAGUCGAACACGCUAUAAUUACCAUAUUUAAUAUGAUACUGGAUGUGUAAUAAAAUUAGAAACCCAUAUUGAACGAUUUAUGCAGCAAAAGGUCAAUAUUACAAGCUUGCUUCGAUUUCAGUUGCGUUGUUUUGAAAUCUCCUGUAACUGGUGACAGAGUGUGCCGCGCCUAAAUAGUUCACCAGUUUUUACAGAAAACUUGCUUCUCAGCAGUGUCUGGAAAGCUUAGUUGGAACUGACAAUUUGAAGGUAAGGUGAAUCAGGGGAACAAUAAGUUCCUUAAACACCGGUGGUUUCGGGGGGAAAAAGACUUACAUCGAAGUGCAAUUCUACGUUGCACGGUUUUGCUUUCAACUAAGUAGACAACAAGGAAAUGUAAUUUCCUGAAGAUUGUCAAAGCUAUCUUUGCAAUAUAUUUUAUGAGGCAUUUGGCUGUAAAGUAGGAUAGUAAUGAUGCAACUAGUUUCAGUGAAACAGCAGCUGUAACAGCCCAAACCAGAAAAGGACUGAUGAAACGUUCCUAUUGGCGAUUUCUUUCUUUUUAUUGAACCACGAUACAUGUAGUAUAGAAAGCUCGCAAAUUUGAGAUUACAACAGAGAAAAUGAAUGCUGAAUAAAUUGGUGCAUGCUUAGUCCUUGCUUAUGCGUUGAAUUCAAGUUUUUAAGAAGCAUGGCACCGAAUUAUUUCAAUUUAUCGCAUUGUGCCUCAUUGACCUGUCUCAGCAAAACAGAGUAUAUUUCUGUUAAUUAAAAAUGUGCAUUAGUUUUGCCAGGGUCCUGAAAUUCUAUUUCUUGUUCAUCGAACUUUUGAAGUUUCGUUCCUUACUGUUCUACAGGGAUUAUACAGAGACCUGGCGAACGACGGAAACAAUUAGCAUUCAAAUAAUCGCGUGAUUAGAGCAAAUAAAAGUUUUAGAAAUUUUUCAAGCAUUCGAGCGUAAGAAGGCUUGCUUCAACUUCCAUUUUACAAACAACUACAUUCUUUGACAAGUAUUUACGUCAUCAGUUUUAAGUGAUUUUAAAUGUAUAAUUGAACUGCUCAUUCGAAUAUCGCUGUCUUAAUUGUAAGCUUAAUACAAAUUGAAGAGAAAGUAUAAUAGACAGCUAAUUUCAAAAGGCUAUAUAGAGUUUUUAGCCCCGAGCUGCGAGUGUGCGCGUUUUGAUACAUUUUUAAAAUUCUUCGCCGAACCUUUUCACUUCCCUUGUUAAUUAUAGAGACAUUUAUGAUGAAGUACUAACUUUAAAGACUGUGGACGAGAUCCUGUGGCGUCACCAUUCAAAUCAAACCUUUCUAGCAGUUCUUUAAAAUGGUGCUAUUUCUACUAACAUACACUCUAAAAAAAUUAAAUUAUGAAUAUGGUGAUCUUGGUAUCUGCUCCUGAGUUACUUGUUUUGACUAACUGGCUUUGAGGUUCUAUAAUCAAGACUCGAGAAGUCUCGAAUUUUUUUCUUAAUAAUAUUGUUGUUAAAUUUCUUUUCUUUUAUUAUUUGUUGCUGGAUCAGUCGGUCGUUUAUGAAACUGUACAAAAUAAUCACGCCAAAAAGUAAAGGAUGCGUUUUAUUGUCAAAUCAAUCGUUCAAUUCCGUAGGAAAACAUUAAAAAACCACACCAUCUUAGACAAGUGUGAACUGAAGAUUGCGGACAAAAUAUAGACGAAACGUUUUGAAGAAGAUAUGAUUGAGGCCAUUUAAUUCAACAAAAUAAUCUCCGGGAUUGAUUAAACAAUGACAUAUUCCCACGACCAUAAGACUUUUAGGUUGUACCUUGUAUCGAUUAUUUUUAAUACAUACACACACGGAAGAAUCUCUUUUAAAUAUUGUAGCAGAUAGCUUUAAUUGGCUGGUUAUCUUCUGAUCGUAUUCUUUUUUUUUUUUAAUUUAUAAGAAUGUAGGCAGUCUGCUUUGCAAGGAAUUAGUGAGCAACGGCUUUUCAUUUAAAAGUUUAGAAAAAUUUUCAAGACUCAAAAUUUACAUGUACUCAUAGACCGAGUGAUACUUAAGUAUUCUAAAAGACGACGCUUAAACCAAAACUAACAUGUUCCCACGAUCGAACAGCUUGUUUAAUUCCUACAUUUAAAUUGCUAUACGAGAAAAAUUUAACUUAUUCUAACCAUGUCAUUUUGGCAGAUCUUAAAAGUUGUACGGGUGGGACAUCAAUCAUGGCUGUGAGCCGCGAUCAGCUGGAGAAUUACUUAGAGACGAUGGAAAAAGAACUCGACAGAACUGUCAACUUCUGGUUGGAAAACUCCCGUGAUAUAAGAAACGGGUAAGCCGGGCAUAAACAAACAUGAUUAAGUUAGUUGACUUAAGAGGACAUGGAUGAUUUGCCAAGCGAGUCGAACCCCGUGCGGAGACUGGUAGUUGGUCUUCGAUCAUGUGUUUUACUAAAAAUUACUUUGUGUUUGAUAACGAGGCAUAACUUAAUUGACAAAAACAAUGGAUUGUUUUCUGCUGUUUAUGUUUGAGUCUUAAUUACCCCGGUGAGCUGUAUUUGCAUUGUUUUGAGGAGUAUAAUACAGUUCAACCUUCCCGACCACCCAAAAUGUGAAGAGGUAGUGUUCGUUUAUGGGAGGAAGUCACACAUGGAAAUUCGACUGUAGAGCAAAUUCCGAAAACCAAUAAGGCGUGAAUAACUUGUACCUAGUGUUGUAUAAUUUAUUAAAAUUUCAAGCGCACCAAUGCAACGCUAAGUAUGAAGCAUUCUUUAAUUUUUCACCUUCAAAUUGUACAAUUUUUCAUUUACGAUUCAGUUGGAUGCUCAAAUCGAUUUCUUUAUGUAUUUGAAGUAAUCGGGCAAUUUAAAAUGAUAUAUAUUCCUUGCUAGAGUCCAUAACUGAUUCUUCUUUAUAAAUUUAAAAUGCUGAAAUAUAUUUUAUAACCUGCUAGGGACUUUGUAGUGACCCAGUAUAGACUUAUUAUAUAUUUCUCGGAAUUCUCGCGCGGGAAAGCAUAUUACAAGCGAGUGAGCUUCUUCUCAGUUCGGUAACUCGCUCAAGUCUGGCCGGAACACUGAGCUUGUCCUCUUGCCUAAAAGAAAAGACACUCCUACCUCUUAGACCAAUCGCAGUUCAAUUUAACGGCGUUUCCGCCUUAAGCACAAGUCACGUGAAUUUGUGUUGGUUUCUGAUUGGUUCAUCAUUAUGUCGGUAGUUUUAAUCACAAGUAACAGCAGUUUAUUCUUACUAUUGCAGUGGUUAUUACGUAUGCCUCGCUAGAGAUGGCAAGGUGUAUGAUGGUACCAAGUAUGGUUGGUUAGAAGGAAGGCAGGUAAGAUCUUAUUUUUUCAUUCCCACGUUUACCUCGCGUUUAGUAAUUGAUUGCAGUUAAGUUAUUUUAACACAUAUUUCUCGUAAGAGUCAUACAGCUUUUUCUUCACAUUUUUGUAAUUUUUUGUUUUGUUGUUGUUGUUUCCAUUUUAAAGGUGUGGAUGUACUCCAAGCUUUACAACGAAACUGACCAAUACGGUACUGCAAAAAUACUUAAAGCUGCAUUGUCAGGUAACUUUAAAAACUCUUUUUCGAUCAUCCGGCACGGUAUUUUCAAUGCUGUUUUUUAUUUUUCUCUAGUUUUGUUGACUACGAGUUCUAAACUAUAAAUUGUCAUGGUCACAAAACAUAUAUGGAUGAUUUCCAAGUAUUGUAACACACACCUUCAGAUAAAAUGAAGAAAUACAAACAUGAAAAAGUGAAAGUGUUCUUCACGAUUUUACCCAUUCAUACUCCUUUUUUUUUCCUCAUUGAUUUCCAUCACUUUCUUCUACAAUUUAAAGUAGCUGUGUAGAUAUUUUAGCCAAUUCUGUGAUCGUUUCGGAAGCGUUGAAAUUUACUAAAAUAGUCGAAAAAAGCGUGACAUAUUAUCUUUAAAGUCGACCACUUCCAUGUCCCAUGUGAAGCCUGAGUCUUAUCAUGAGUGUGAGGAGAACAACGUCAGUGGCUUCAUAGCUCAGUUGGUAGAGCAUCGCACCAUUAAUCACGGGUUCAAACCCCGUUGAAGUCCUGAAUUUUUUCAGGCUUCUUUACGCAAUUGCAUAAAUUGCGUUCACUGCGACGAUCAUUUCUUCAUUUUCAUUUCAUUUCCGCAGUUCUUAUAUGAUUUAUUUCAUAUAUCAUUAACAAUGACUCAAUUGCCGAUAAUUCUAAAUUCUCCUUAGAGCUUUAUCAGAACAAAUCCCAGUCUGAUUCCACAAUUCUACCUUUUUUAUAUUGUAGGGGGCGAGUUCCUUCUAAACCACAUCAAGAGACCUGAGGAUGGUAGAUGCUACUUUCAAGUCACAGCCGAAGGGCAGCCCAUUAAAAUCCAAAGGACAGUUUUCACGGAGUGCUUUUACACUCUUGCAAUGGCUGAACUGGCAAGAGCUAGCAAUCUUCCCAAGUAUAGGGUAUAAAUUACUAAGAAUUUGUCCUUAAGUUCUGUUAAUAAGUCAGCGUCGAAACACAUAUUUUUAGAGCUGAUUCUGUUCUUUAUACACACAAAUGCUCUUUUAUUUUGCUGCUCAAUCAUUCGCCAGUAGAUUACCACAAUUUUUACUUUUCUUCAAGGAAGCCCGAAAGCAAGAGACCAGGGAUUUUACUCGUUGUCUCACGACUCGCUUCACCCGUAUCUCGGGCCUGAAAUCUCUCCACCUUUCUCGUGCGAGGCAACUGACCGGUAAUUGGAGAGCUCGUUCGCGGGUAAAUUUUAUAGCACUAAGUAUACGCUUUCUUUUGUCAGGAAGAAGCAAUAAAGAUGUUAUCUCUUGUCACACACUGGGCACGCAUUGAUGACACGCAGCUAGGACGACCCAAAUUAUCGGGUCAAGAGGAAGUGAACCCUCUCGCCGUACCCAUGAUGGUGCUGUAUGUAAUUGAUGAGGUCUGCCGCGACGAGGAGCGCCUUCAAAACAUUUACAGCGAAGAUGAGGAGUGGGCUGUACAACAGAUCUUAAAGCACUUACAGGUACUGAUGUCGCGCAGUCCUUGGUUUUGAUCUAAAAAAGUGCAGGGGGCAGGCCACACCCCUUGAUCCGCCACUGGUUAUUUGGUCAAAGUUUUGUUUUGUGCAAAAAAUGAUCGCAAUACAAAUGUUGGCACUAGGGUAAAUCUUGGUGUGCCAAAAAUUGAAAAAGGAAAAUAGGAGAGUUUAAUCAGAACUCAAUUGUUCAAAAGAUGAUACUACUAUCCUAUGGACAGUGGAUCACUAGCACGAUUGGCUUUCCUAAUACAUAUCCAGUGGAUAGAGAUUUGUCCGGCGGAGAGCACUAUUUAACUUUCGAAUAACUGGUGUCUUGUUGUUAGUUAGGAGAUAUACAUAUUCGUGUAAAGUCUUGUGCAUUCUAAAUUCUUCUGUGAAUGAACGAUUUGAAAGGAAAGAUUUGAAAAUUGAUUUUAAUUCAGAGAAGAGGGAGAGUGGUGCUUGAAAAAGUUACAGAAGAAGGAAAAGAGAUCGGAGGUGCGGAAGGUCGGCUCAUCAUUCCUGGUCAUGCUAUUGAAGCAGGAUGGUUUCUCCUGCAAUAUGCUACCAAAAAACAGAACUACGAACUGGCGAGAAUCGCCAUUGACAAGUUCAUCGUGCAGUCAUUUGAGAUAGGUUGGGAUGACAUGUAUGGCGGUCUUCUCUACAUGUUGGAUGCAAAUGGUUUCUCUCCGACUCAGCUGGAAUGGAACAUGAAGCUGUGGUGGCCUCAUGCCGAAGCUCUUAUUGCAUUUCUGAUGGCUUAUAAAGAGACAAGAGAUUAUCGCUACAUGGAAAAGUUUGAUCUUGUGUUCCAGUACACAUUCUCUCACGUAAGACAUGCAUGGUUGUUAUUGAGGCGGGUACAGAAGGUGAAAAAAAAAACACUCUUCAAUUGAGUGGUAAUGUAUUAAGCAGGAAAGAACAAAUUGAGGACACUAUUUUUACGUCUCGUACCAGAGACAGGCCCGCCAUUUUACGUGGCCGUCCAAGCGAGGCGAAGUCUAGCUGUUUGCAGGACAAAGGCUGCAGAGGCAGUAUGUUCAGUUAUUCUAAGACCGUGCCCUAGUAUUGGUCCGGGAAUCGAAUUCGCGAUCGCCCUCCUUUCAGUCAAAUGCUCCACCACAUGAACUAGUCCUACAGCCGCCAGAUAAACCUGGUCGAGAAGAUUUGCUCUUUCGAGACUAAUCCCAGAAACUAGUUUUCGCGAAAGAGCAUCCCACUGGCAUAAAAAAUCUUGUACGGUAGAUGAUUCCAUUGUGCAAAUUAUUUGAGGGACGCAGAACACAAAUUUUUUCAAAAUGUUAGACUGAGUUGAUUCUUUCUAUCUACACUCUUUUAAUGCUAAACACAGAGAUGACAAGUAAAUCAUCAAAGGAGGAUCCACCUUUCAAAGUCCCCUAAAAAGGUUAAUUUCCCUUACACGUACUAACCUGGAAACAUCGCAAAUUCCGCGCAUACUACGUGCCUAAACCGCGAAACAUUUUGUGAGAUUUAUUAAAAUCACUUUUCCCGUUGCUUACAGUUUUCUGAUCCCAAACAUGGUGAGUGGUUUGGAUAUCUCAACCAGAAAGGCGAGGUUACCCAUACAUUUAAAGGAGGACCGUUUAAAGGUACGUAGGCUGGGAGGGGUAUUUCCCCAACUAAACUGUUAUAGUUAUAUACGUACGUCUCCUUGUAAAACCUACUUCGACAACUCCAGAGGAGGAUCUCUAAUGAAUUUCUGAAGGUGAGAAGAGAAAGUAUAAACUUUUUGCUCGGUGUGGCAGAAUAUUGCCAAAAUCCUUUUUCUGCAAACAACGUAACAAUUUUCCCAGGCUUUUUAUCAGAAAUUGCGUGAAACACACGCCAUUUCCUGUAUCUUUGAUAAAAGCAGGAAAGGAGGUGUAAUAUCUGAAUUGUGUAUUCAUGAAUAAAUAACGCCACUCUGCCUUUUUUUAUUGAUGAUCACCAUGCUACAAUAUAGAUGUCUCUAAUAAUUUUACCUAGUUAAAACCAAUUUAUAGUGACUGACAAUUGAGACAAUUGGAAUCAGUUGCUGCCUUUCAACAACCAAGUCAAAAUCAAGUUAAUUAUUUGUUUGGACCGUUUCAGGGUGCUUUCAUGUUCCUCGCUGCCUGCACAUGUGCGUAAAAAUGCUCAAAGAGUUAUUACAAGAAGAACCUUUAACAAAUGGAUUAUCCAACGGCACAUAUAUUCCCUAACUUAAAACGAACAAGUUGCUCGACACCAGAGGAAAACACGAGGGUGUCACAUUAUGACACUCAAACAUCUCCAAGCCGUAAGAGGAAUGAGAAGACACAUGUACAUAUGAGUUCUCAGAGGACGAAAUUGGAAUAUUGUUAAAGCAUAAACUAUGGUGGUUAUCAGUGAAAAAAUACCAGUUAACAUUAUUGAGUUAUCGUUUCGCAACAUAAUAUUUUAGAUAGCGAAGGAACGAGCCGAGACAAAUCACAAGUAGAGGAUGUAGAAGACUCCCUUUUAGGUACUUAUGCCGAGGUGCUAAACCGACGUGGGACAUAAACCACUCCAACCACAAAAACGAAGUUCUCUUCCUUAAAUAAGAGAUAGUAGUCAUACUGCCGCAUAAUUUAUCUUGUAGCAGCUAAAAUCGAUUAGAAGUAACUUCUAAUUUGCAACUGUGGAAAAGGUCUUUUGGGGGUUGAGUGAUUUCAAAAAAAAUAUAUAUUGCUAUCCGACCUGUUGCAAAAAAACGUCUUGCAUUGGGUCAAUAGUCUUGUUUACGCGAACAAAACUAGUUACUUUAGUAGGCUUAAUGAAACAAAUUGUCGACAAAACAAAGAUUUGGAAAAAUAAAUCCCCAAACGCUGUCAAAAUUAAAUGAUGAUGAACAUUUGCACGCUUCAGGGAACUAAUUAAUGGCUCGAUCGAAUUUUUGCAUAACAACCUCCCAAAUUUGGGCGUUAAAUACCUUUUUACAAAGAUUUGGAAAAAUAACCGUAUGUUUUUCGGCAAUGAUGAACAUUUCUUCCAAAAUCUUUCAUGAGAGCUUUUUCCUCCAAUAGCCGCCUCGAUGUUCGUGAAGUUUAAGCAAAAUCUAUAAGAGAUACUAUUUUGGGAUGAAGUUUUUAUGAUAGAAAUACAUUUAAAACCAAGAGACUAUAGUCUCUUUUUAAAACCAAGAGACUAUAGUCUCUUGUUAAAACUAGACAAUCUUGAUGUUCGGCCGUUAUCUGUCUAAAUCUAAGCGCUUUUGAAAUGCAACUUCCCCUCAUAGUUAAUAGUAGUUUCAACAUUUUUAAUCACGUGUGUGAAAAAUCAUGGAGAUAGCUUUAGCCGAUUUCUAGAAAGAGGAAUAGUAUGUAUCGAGGCGCUCUUGUUAGCAGUUUUGUAAACAUUUUGGUAAAUAAUUUGAGAACCGCUCUUGAGAUUAACCGUAAUUUUAUAUGAUCUUUGAGUUUCAAGAUUACUGAUAACUUGUAAGAUAGUAAAAUAAGGGCUACAAUUUGCUAUUUUUUUUGUCGGAAAUUUCGUGUUAACUAGCCAGAGCAUCUCAUUAUUCAGGAGUACUGCCUCCAAGUUUCAUUUUCACGUGAACAGCAAUAGCCUGUGAGCAGGCUUACUUGUGCAAGUUCGGGGGAAAUUUUUGGCGGCGGAGCCCCCAUCACGUGAGGACAAGGGCUCCGCCGGCAAAAUAAUUUUCCCUCGGAAUUCACACAAGUGAGCAUGCUCGCUGGCUAGAACAGCAGUGACUAACA